AUGCAGCUCCGAGGUGACAUACUGGUGUCAUGCAAUGCUGAUAGUGACGUGAGGGUAUGGAAUAUUCGCGAUGGAUCCUGCAUGUAUCGUCUUCAUGGUCCCAACGGUCACACGUCAGCCAUUACUUCGCUGCAGUUUCUUGACAAUGGUAUUGUGGUAACCAGUGGAGACGAUGGAGCUGUCAAGCUUUGGGAUGUCAUGAAAGGUGAAUUUAUUCGUGAUCUCGUGAGGCUUUCAUCUGGAGGUAGCGGUGGUUGCAUUUGGCGUCUCAAGGCUACCAACAAUCUUCUCGCUUGUGCUGCUGGGUCUAGAAAUGGCACUGAGGAUACCAAGGUCAUACUGUUGGAUUUUGACGCUGGAUAUCCAUGA